UUCACAACUCUCUCUUCCAGCACUCUGAGCAUUAAAUAACUACACCAAAAAGUUUUGCAUCGAAAUUUAUGCUCCGUCUUAUAAAUAUAUAAGUGUAAUUAUUAUAUUGUGGGAAAUCGAAUACAUUGGUAUUUAUUAAUUUUUCACAACAAAUAAUUACAGCGGCAACAUGUUUACUUAUCUUGUAUGCUUUAUGGGAAACAAGUUUUCAAACAGUUUGAGCUGCUUGCUAUGUUAUAGAUAAAUCGGGCUGCUUAGAUUAAGUGUACAUGCGGCUUUGUUAUACUGUCUGCAUCUUUAUAUGCUGCAUAUAUAUGUUCAUGGAAAAUACAGAAAAUAUCUACAGACAUACGUCUACCUAUUCUAUAUGUUGUCUUGAUUUAACAAGUCAAAGCAAUUCUUUCCAAGAAAUUAGGCAGACUUCGGAUACAAUGGAAUGUGACAAAGUUCCGAAACAUUUAAGAAUAUAGCCAUACAUUGGUUUAUAUUAGAUCAUCAAAAUACCACUAAAUACUUGUGACAGUAAUUAUGGGUACAGUGACUGAACUUGUUUUAUGCGGUUUUUGGUGGUUUCGGUUGGUCAAAGCUCAUUAUUGUGAUAAACUGUAGGCAUUCUAAGUAUGUAGCUGAUCACGCCUGUCAAAUACGGAGACUAACAUACGCAAGUAUGUACACAGUAUUGCAUUCUUGUCUCUAAUGAUCAUUUGGCAGUGGGAUAUAAAUUGAUCGCUUGGAAAGCGUUUUCUGGACAUGACUAGAGUUUCUUCCAAUGGAUGGGCUUUGUUCCUGGCGUACUUUUACAGAGAAGCGCAUUUCCAAUCCUUCACUUAACUUAUAAAGUAUAAAAAUGGUCAAGAUUAUAAUCUACAUAUUUAUUAUUCCAAUGAAUUCAAGUGUUUCGAAGAAUCACGAGUUUGAAAAAAUAAAGGCGUAGAUGAUGUUGUGGUCUUGGACCAAUAAUUAUUUUGCAUUUUGUUUUUACCAAAGUUAACAACUAAAUAUCGCUUCUUCAAAAUCUGUUACGUUUCUACAAUUUCUAGGAACGGGAUACAUCUUCAACACGUGAACACAAUAUAGAAAUGGCAUAUCAUGUUUACGAUCCGAGACUUAUGUUUCAUUUAGCUUCAGGAGUAGAUUUGGAGGCACGUUGCCUCUUUACUCCUAGCAUAAGUAUAUUCAUGUUUAUCAUUCAAGAAACCAUACUUGUUGUUCAUCUCAUCUUCGUCCAGUAGGAAAUUUAUUUAGGCAAAUGCGACGAGGCGAUGACUUAACUUAUUUACUGCUCUGAACAGAAUAACAACUGCAACGUUUUUCAGUUUCGAAUGCCAAUGGUCAGUUAUUGCACCCCACGCCACAAAGGUUGAUAUUUCAUCCAGCCCAGGACUGUUACUACUUAUUUCUGGCUAAUAAGAAAUCUCAUGGCAUUGCAUUACUUUAGCUUAACUGGAUUAUCAUACUAAUUGCUUUGUGUAUUAAGUUGCGAGAAUCUAUAAUUACUUCAUUCAAGUCCAUUCAAAUUCCGAUGAGUUUAAAGUGAAACGAAACUGUUUGUGGCUUGAAACUUUUUGCAUCAUUAUUUUAAUAAGUAUUUAGCUCCUGGAAGGUUUUCUUGCGAUCUUGAGGAUAUAAACUCCAAUAAGUUACAGAAAGAAAGGUGAGUUAGACAAGAACAGUUUCAGUGAGGAGUGCAUAACGGUUUGAGAUGCCUAAUGCUAUCAGUUAACGUCCACUUACGUGGAAUUAAGCAUUUUCAUAGUGAGUUUAAUAGUUAGUUUUUCAAAAAUGAAAACCCAAAGAUUUAACAAGGGUUCUUAUAACUUUAAAGAAAAGGACGAUGGAGGAGAUGAAAAGUCGAAAAAACUUGGCAAAUUACGAUUCGCUUUUAAUAAAACAAUUGAGCCAGAGCUGAAACAAUUCGUUUUAGAGGGAUGGAAUGGGGAGAAAAAACGUUCCGUAAAUUACAGGGCGGGAUGGGACAUUGACGAGCACAGGAUAAGUCUUGGCGUCUUGGCGUCUCGUUAUGGAACGGACUUGGAAAAUGGUUUAUCUGAUGAUGCGGUGAAGAUGAGUAGAGCAACUUUUGGAGAAAAUAUCUUGCAUACGGCGAAAAAGAGAUCAGAGUGGCUCAAGUUUCUGGAAAAUACUCUUAUGGGUCUAAAUUUGCUCUUGUGGGUUUGUGGGAUGAUAUCUAUUGGGGCUGGUGUUGUCCAGUAUAUGACAAACGAUAUGGAUGAUGCUACAGGAAGUUUAUACUCGGGCGUAUCUCUUCUCGUGGUUGUCUUGAUUGCCGGAAGCUUUUCAUAUUAUCAAGAAUUUCAAAGUAAUCGUGUAAUGGAGUCAUUUAAAAAGAUGGCCCCCCAAACUGUUACAGUGAUACGAAGUGGUCAGAGGAUUCAACUCGAUUCCACAGAGAUUGUGGUUGGAGACAUUAUUGAGCUAAAUUAUGGCGACAAACUACCUGCUGAUGUUCGAAUAAUUGAAUGUCAAAGUUUUAAAGUGGACAACUCAUCAAUUACGGGCGAGUCAGAUCCGCAAAGCCGAACAGCAAUUUGUACAGACAAAGACGCAGACGGUCGAAAGGUCGAAUGGUCGGAUGCCAAAAAUUUGGCAUUCUUUUCAACAAGUGUAAUUCAGGGAUUUGCGAAGGGAAUCGUUAUCAAAAUUGGACACUCCACGUUAAUAGGAAGACUUGCAAAAUUGGCGUCCUCAGUUGAAAGCACAGAGAGUCCGAUAGCAAAAGAGAUGAACCGUAUAAUACGUUUGAUGACAACCUUGUCUCUGUUCUUCGGAGUGAUAUUUUAUGGAAUCGGAAUUUGGAUGAAAUAUUCUUGGCUCAAUGCUUUAUUCUUUGUCAUUGGGAUCGUCGUUGGUAAUGUUCCUGAGAAUUUAAGUGUGACGCUCACAAUAAUACUGGCUCUUGCGGCAAAGAAAAUGGCAAAGAAAAAUUGUCUGGUCAAGCAGCUACACGCGGUCGAAACGCUUGGAUCCGCAUCAGUAAUCUGUUCGGACAAGACCGGUACUCUGACACAAAACAAAAUGUCAGUUGCACACUUGUGGUUUAAUAACAAGAUAGCAGAAGCCGACACCACGGAAUAUGCUAAAGGAAAAGGAAAUUACAAUGUCAGUGACCCUGGAUUCCUCGAGCUUGCAAACGUUGGAAUGUUAUGCAGCAAGGCCAAGUUUAAACCAGGACAAAAUGUGCCAAUAUUGUCAAUGGAAGCGGAAGGGGACAGUUCUGAAGUUGCUAUUUUGAAAUGCAUGGAGCUACAAUUUGGAAGUGUGGAAGAAUAUCGAAAAAACUUUCCCAAAAUUUUUGAAAUACCUUUCAAUUCGAUAAGCAAAUACCAAAUAUCAGUGCACAAGUCAUGUGGUAAAGAACAAGGAUUUAUGCUAGUGAUGAAGGGAGCUCCUGAACGAAUUGUGGAUCUAUGCAGUUCUGUCUUGAUCGGAGAAGUAGAGCAUGUUAUGGACUUCAAAAUGAAGGAACAAAUUAAAGACACCUACUUAAAAUUUGCUUCACUAGGCGAAAGAGUUUUAGGAUUCUGUGACUGUCAAUUGCCGUCCCAACAAUUCCCAGACAAUUUUGUGUUUGACGAAAAUAAUUUUGAAAUCGGUGGAAAUGCCUUGCGUUUCGUUGGACUCAUGUCACUAAUUGAUCCCCCUCGAUCCGCCGUUCCAAAUGCAGUAUUAAGGUGCAAGGCUGCAGGAGUUAAAAUUGCAAUGAUUACUGGAGAUCACCCUGUUACAGCUACUGCAAUUGCGAGGGCUGUUAACAUAAUAUCUCCAGGAAAUAAAACUGCACAAGAAAUGGCGAAUAAAAUUGACACUCCUCCAGAAAUUGCUAAAGCUGCAGUAUUUACAGGCUCUGAAUUGACAGCAAUGUCUCCUGAAGAAUUGCAAUAUUGUAUUUCAAUAUACGACGAAUUGGUUUUCGCCCGCACUUCUCCUGAACAAAAAUACGAAAUUGUGAAAGCUUAUCAAAAGUUAGGACAUAUUGUCGCUGUUUCGGGCGAUGGGGUAAACGACGCCAGUUCCCUCAAGAAAGCCAACAUUGGUAUUGCUGUUGGGAGUGGAACUGAAGUUGCGAAAGAAGUUGCGGAUCUCAUACUUUUGGAUGACAAUUUUGCCAGCAUUGUCAGCGGAAUUGAAGACGGGAGGUUAAUUUUUGAUAAUUUGAAGAAACUUAUUCGGUACACAAUGGCCGACAAUGUUGCAGAAAUGUACUGCUACUGGGUGUACAUAAUUCUUCGGGUGCCGUUACCAAUGGGCACAAUUGGAAUGCUGUUGAGCACAUUGGGUGCGGAUGUUUUUCCAGCAGUGGCAUUGGCUCAUGAAUCUGCAGAAUCGGACAUUAUGAAGUUAAAACCUCGUGAUCCCAACAAGGACACUUUGAUGACGCUUCCUAUGUUGUCAUAUUCGUAUGGUCAGAUAGGAGUUUUAGAAACUCUAGGAGGAUUCUUCGCCUACUUUUGUACAUUUGCGUGUAAUGGAUGGCUACCCAAAGAUUUAUUAUUCAGUCAAAGUCGUUUCGAAUCUUCGGCAGUGAACGAUCUAUCAGAUUCAUAUGGACAGGAAUGGAGUUAUGACACUCGAAUGACGUUAGAAAAGCAAGCACAAACUGCCUUUUUCUUAUCAAUUGUGAUAACACAGUUUGCAAAUGCGAUUUGUUGUAAGACAAGAAGACUUUCAAUUUUUCAGCAAGGGAUGAAGAACAACCUCAUGAACGUCGGUCUCGUACUUAUGAUCUCCAUACCAUGCAUCUUCAUUUACACCCCAUAUGUAAACACUGCAGUCAGUUUUGUUCCUUUAAAAUACGAAUCGUGGUUGGCAUCAAUUCCUUUUGCGGUGUUCCUUUUGAUUUACGACGAAUGUAGGAGAUUUUUUGUCCGGUCGGGAGUGUCAUCUUGGAUUUCAAAAGAAUUUUCCACGUGACACAUCAUCCUGCUGUAUGUAUGUGAAUAUAAAUAGCAUACGUGAGCGGGCAGGUAAAUGUAACAGUCCAUAAUAAUUUUUUCCAUACUUUGAUAAAAUGAUUUUGAUCUGACUGACUCAAAUUAGUUAAAAUAUAGAUUACUAAUUAAAGACAGAUCUUUGUUUAUCAUCAGAGUCCGGCCAAAUAUUAUGUUUUUAUCAAUCCCUACUCAUGUUGUGGCUCAAUGGGAAAACAUUUGUAUCCGGACUCUGUUUAUCAUGCAUAAAGCAUGUAAUUAAUAAAACGACUUAAAAAUACAA